ACAUUUUCUUUUCCACAUAUUCAAAUAUUUGCUUCACAAGAAAUUGUUAAAUGCAUUGGCGAGUAGCGUUUCCACAGAUGUUCGCAAAGUUUGGCUUUAACCGUGGUAUUUUUGAUUAACCAUUCAAGUUCUUUUGGAAAGACUCCUUCUCUUUGGGGGGAGAAAUACUGAAGGGUUUGUUGCAGAUAUGAGAUUUCAAGUGGUAGCUGUUUUAAACCUCACUGCUGCAGCUGCUACGCUCCUAAUUCUGAGGGAUAUCUUAAGGAAUUCAUUUGAUGCACAAGACCAAGAACAAACUACUGUGGAAGUUACAAUACCAUCCCCACCAGAGUGCAGCCUGUCCCGUAACUGUCCACCACACCAUUUUGCUUUACAUAUAAGGAGUGGAGCAGCUAAUGUCGUCGGGCCAAGGAUCUGUUUCAGCGGGAAAAACAUCAUGAGUCACGUGUUAAACAAUGUGGGACCAGGAAUAAACAUUGUUGUGGUAAAUGGAGAAAAUGGUGUUGUAGAAAAAUUUGGGUAUCUCAAUAUAAAUGCUGGAAACCCAAACGACAUCGUUACAUACUUGAAGGACAUCAAACCUGGGAUGAUUGUAUUGGUGGCCUCGUUUGAUGAUGUGGCAACAAAACUGACUGAGGAAAUGAGGGAAAUAUUUGUCGAAAUGGGAAGCACUUUGAUCCGUUCUGUAAAACCCAGAGACAACUGGGUGUUUGCAGGAAGAGCGGGUACAAAAAUCAAAAGCCCCUUCGAGAAGCAUGUUGCUAAUGACGAGAACACCAACGUUUUUGAAGGAUGGCCAGAAAUGGUGGAGGUGAGCGGCUGUUUUCCAAAAAACCUGACAGAGGGAAUACUCGCCAUUACAUUUGCUACCUUCCGCCCAAUUGUGCGUAAUCAGAGUUUGUCUAGCCGCUGCUUCCCUGUGAGCAUCACCAUUAGCCAUACAGAGAGCUCUCUUCUCUCUGUGGCAUUCUUGGCUACUAGAGCAGAGAGAAAGCAACCUCAAAUUACUGCAGAAACUUUCUCCACUGUGAGUCCCAUCAGGCAUCUGAACAGGCUCCAAAUCUGGAUUCAUACCGAAGACAUGGGAGUCACCCAUGGGAAAAAGAGAGAACUCACACACCGUACACCGGAGACACAUGUUAACCAGCCUGCUUCCAUGUCACAGAUGCAUCCAAGUGAACAGAGGAGAUUCUCAGAGCUCGAGAUUCUGUCAUCUCAGAUACAGAACGAGGAGGAAAGCAGUACUCUGAUCAAACCCCACAAACCUCUCAGCCCUUUCAAUGCCUCCAGGAGCCACAAAGCUCUCCACAAAGAACUGCAGAUGACCCACAAGAGAAGGGUGGCGCAGGAAGGAAAGACUGAACUCCAGAGAGCUUUGGAGAAGAGAAGAUGGGAACAAAAGAUAAAAGCAAGACAGGAUCAGGAGGAGACAAAGAGGAACAUAUGGAGAAAGACGAGACGAUCAAGCAAGAAGAACCCGAGUUCCUCCGAGUAAAAGAGAGCCUGAGGAGAACCACAGUGCUGCAUGCGGCAGGGAAAGAAGCCUGACCGUUAAGAUGUUUGAUUUUGGGAGCUUACUAUCAAUCAGGAUGAGAAGAAGGGUGACUUGGUGAAGAAGAUGCGUGUUUCCAAUAAAUAGAUAAUGCUGCUUGGUCUUCCCAACUAAGAUAAGACCUUUUGGUCCAGCUAAUUGUCUGAGAAAUGUCUUUCUACAUAUCUUUCAUUCUGUCAACUGCGAUAAAUGAAUGAGUGCAUUUGUGCGUAUUCCUCUGCAGAGUGCAUAGUUUUAAGAAUAACAGUUUUUUUUUAACUGCACAUUUAUCAUCACAUUACAUUGUGAUUUGAUGUUCUGAAAAAUAAUGAUGAAGGUGCCUCCUGAAAAAAAGCAAAUAAAAUUAACAUAAUACCACUUUGGUAUACUGUUGCUACCAUUACUGUUUGUCACUGCUUAGCUUGUAGUUUCUAAGUCUACCAAUGUUUACUAUGUAAGAAAUGCCUUAAUAUGAUUAAUACAAAGAUAUAACAAAUUGUUUAACAGUGUCAGUUUAUCAUGCCUGACAAUCUGAUUAAUGAUGUUGUGGAUCAUCCCAUGUUCUAUGAACAUUACACAGGCUGCUGUUCAAUAAAA